AUGAGCCGGGAGGAAUUGGAGGACAGUUUCUUUCGACUUCGUGAAGAACACACAUUGGUGAAGGAGCUUUAUUGGAAGCAACAGGAUGAAAUCAAAAGGCUGAGGACGUCCUUGCUGCGGAUGACCGCUGCGGGCCGGGAUCUGCGGGCCGAGGCGGCGGCGGCGCGGCCCUCGGAGCCCGCAAGGCGGCGGAACACGCGGUGGCGACAGCGCCUUUCCACGCACCAGCGCCCCGCCAUGCACCAGCGCCCCCCGACGCACCCUCCACACCUCCGGCGCGCCAGGCUAAGAGACAGGGUGAGCUACACAGCACCUCCCACAUUCAAGGAGCAUGUGACAAAUGGAAAAACCAGAGGUGAAAUAACCAGUGAACCCAGCGAACUUGCCCACAUUAUGGACAACGAUACUAUGCAAGUGGAAGAACCAGCCAAGUCUCCUGAGAAGAUGUGGUCCAAAGUUGAAAAUUUUGAGCAGAGUAGCUCGUUGGAGUGUGCUCAGAAGGCCGCAGAGCUUCGAGCUACCAUUAAGGAGAAAGUAGAGCUGAUUCAACUUAAGAAGCUCUUACAUGAAAGGAAUAUUUCAUUGGUAGCAACAAAAGCACAAUUAACAGAAGUUCAAGAGGCAUAUGAAACCUUGCUCCAGAAGAACCAGGGAAUCCUGAGUGCAGCCCAUGAUGCCCUCCUCAGCCAAGUGAAUGAACUCAGGGCAGAGCUGAUGGAGGCUAGCAGGAAGGCUGUGAGCUUGAAGAGCCAACUGGAAGAUGUGUCUGUCUUGCGGGUAACUCUGAAGGAGUUUCAGGAGAGAGUUGAAGAUUUGGAAAAAGAACGAGAAUUGCUGAAUGACAACUACGACAAACUCUUAGAAAACAUGCUGGACAGCAGUCAUCAGCCUCACUGGAGCAAUGAACUCAUAGGAGAACAGCUACAGCAGCAAGUCUCUCAGUUGCAGGAUCAGCUAGAUGCUGAGCUGGAAGAGAGGAGAAAAGUCUUACUUCAGCUGUCUGAAGAGAAAGCUCAGAAUGAGAAUCUGAAGCUUGAAGUCACCAACAUACUUCAGAAGCAUAAACAGGAAUUAGAGAUCCACCAAAAGACAGCUACAAUUUCCCAGUCACCUCACAGGCAAUAUGAGCCAGCUCUAUUCCAGGAGACCGCUCAGAUAGAGCCCAGUGAACCAAAAAACCAAGAAGAGAAGAAACUACCCCAGAUGUUAAGUGAGUUGCAACUAUUGCAUGCAGAGACCGCCUUGGAACUAGAAAAGACCAGGGACAUGCUCAUUCUACAGCGCAAAAUCAACGUGUGUUAUCAGGAGGAACUGGAGGCAAUGAUGACAAAAGCUGAUAAUGAAAAUAGAGAUCACAAAGAAAAACUGGAGAGGUUGAGUCAACUCUUAGACAUCAAGAACAACCGUAUCAAGCAGCUGGAAGAGCAGCUCAAAGAUGUUGCUUAUGGCACCCGACAGUUGUCAUUAUCUCUGGGAACACAGCCAGCCCAUGGAGAUGAGGAUAAAGUGGAUAUUUCUCUGCUGCAUCAGAGUGAGAAUCUUUUUGAACUGCACAUCCACCAGGCCUUCUUGACAUCUGCUGCCCUGGCUCAGGCUGGAGACACCCAACCUACUACUUUCUGCACCUAUUCUUUCUAUGAUUUUGAAACUCACUGUACCCCAUUAUGUGUGGGGCCACAGCCUCUCUAUGACUUUACCUCCCAGUAUGUGGUGGAGACAGAUUCCCUUUUCUUACACUACCUUCAAGGGGUGUCAGCCCAGCUUGAUAUAUACCAGGCUGUGGCCACUGAGCACCACACCCUUGCAACUGGAUGGAUUUGCUUUGACAGAGUGAUAGAGACUGUGGAGAAAGUCCAUGGGUCGGCCACACUUACUGGAGUUGGUGGAGAAGACUUCGGGGUGCUAGAGUACUGGAUGAGGCUGCGCUUCCCCAUAACACCCAGCCUACAGGCAUGCAAUAAGCGAAAGAAAGCCCAGGCCUACCUGUCAGCCAAUGUAGUUGGAGCCGGGGAGGCCCAGGAGGAUGAGUCCAGAUCAGAGAUGUGGAAACCUCAGAAUGAGCUGCGGAUUGAAAUCACCAAGUGCUGCGGCCUCCGGAGUCGACGGCUGGGAACUCAGCCCAGUCCAUAUGCCAUGUACCGCUUCUUCACUUUUUCUGACCAUGACACUGCCAUCAUUCCAGCCAGUAACAGUCCCUACUUUAGAGACCAGGCUCGAUUCCCAGUGCUUGUGACCGCUGACCUGGAUCAAUAUCUGAAACGGGAGGCCCUGUCUAUAUACGUUUUUGAUGAUGAAGACUCAGAGCCUGGCUCAUACCUUGGCAGAGUCCAAGUGCCCUUGCUGCCUCUUGCGCAAAAUAAAUCUAUUAAAGGUGGUUUUAACCUCACUGACCCUGCAGAGAAACCCAAUGGAUCCAUUCACGUGCAACUGGAUUGGAAGUCUCGUUACAUACCCCCUGAGAGCUUCUUGGAACCAGAAGCUCAGACUGAGGAAAAUGACACCAAUGACAUUUUAGAGACUUCAUCUGAAGAGGAAAAGGCUUCCUUUCCUCCCCAGGACCAGAUGGCAUCUGCUGAGAUUCCCAUUGAAGCUGGCCAGUAUGUAGCAAAGAGAAAACCUCCUCAGGUGGGAGACAGAAAGGAAAAGGAACACCAGGUUGUGAGCUACUCAAGAAGAAAACAUGGCAAAAGAAUAAGCAUCCAAGAAAAAAACAGAAUGGAGUAUCUUAGUCGUAAUAUCUUAAAUGGAAAUACACUGCAACAGGUGAACUACACAGAGUUGAAGUUCUCAGGGCUCAAGAUCUCCACAGAUGAUGGUUUUAACAAUCAACACAAGGAAGAGGAAAUGUUAUUAUCCUAUCCAUCACUGAAACAGAAAUUACCCCUACAUCCUGAAAAUGAUAAAGAAUCCAGUGAACAAGCUUCGGAAGUCAGUGAAGCACAAACUACAGACAGUGAUGACAUCAUAGUGACACCCAUCUAUCAGAAAUGUCCUAAGGCAGAUUCAGAGAAGAUGUGCAUUGAGGUUGUCUCCCUGGCCUUCUACCCAGAGGCUGAAGUGAUGUCUGAUGAGAACAUACAACAGGUGUACGUGGAGUACCAAUUCUACGAUUUACCCUUGUGGGAGACAGAGACUCCGAUAUCCCUGAGGAAACCAAGGGCAGGGGAAGAAAUACACUUCCACUUCAGCAAAGUGAUAGACCUGGACCCACUGGUGCAACAAGGCCGAAGGCAAUUUCUGUUCGCCAUGCUGAACAGACAAGAUCCUGAGCAGGGACAUUUAAAGUUUACAGUGGUAAGUGAUCCUUUGGAUGAAGAAAAAAAAGAAUGUCAAGAAGUAGGACAUGCAUAUCUUGAACUGCGGCAGAUCCUGGAAUCAGGAAGAGACAUUCUAGAGCAAGAGCUAGAUGUUGUUAACCCUGAAGACCAGGCUACCCCAAUAGGAAGGUUGAAGGUUUCCCUUCAGGCAGCUGCUGCCCUCCAUGCUAUUUACAAGGAGAUGACUGAAGAUGUGUUAUCAUGAAGGAACAAGUGCUAUUCCAUUCUAAAAUGUGUGAGGGAACCAUAGUAAAAAGUCUCCUAUAAAGUAACUUGCU